AUGAGAGAGAUCACGUGUUGCGCAUGCUCGCUACCCGGUGCCCCAUACAAAGGCAGCAGUGCCAUUCUCGCUGCUGGGAACUCUCAUGGAGCCAUCAGUCUUCUCAAGUAUCCGAGCUUUGUACAAGGAGCGGGAGCCAAGACGUACCGUGGACACAGUGGUGCUGUGGCUCAAUUAGGCUUCUCAGGAGCUGGCGGAUCGCUCUGCGUUAGUAUCGGUCGCUCUGACCGGUGCUUGCUUCAAUGGAGACGGCUGUAUGGCGCCGGUAGUGGCUCUGAUACAGCAGUAAAUGGUAACGUGGGCAUAGCGAAAGAUCCUGAAGAGGACCCUGAUCUGGAAGCUGAAGGACGGUUCCUGCCUGAAGCGUUCGUCAACGUUGGUGGAGGCGCUCCGAGCGAGGUGACGCCGUUCGUGAGCGCAAUAUUACCACCGUCAGGUGUCGUGCAGGAGCCGAGCGAGGCCGACGGAGUGGUUAAACAUCGAGUGUUCGACUUGGAGCAUGGUUUUGGCUUGCCGGAUCGUGUACCCGACUGGGUGCGUCGGCGUGAGUUAUGA